AUGCCUCCCAAGAGGAGACGGAGCGACGUUCAGCCUGGCGACCCAGUGCCCCAAGGCAGGAGGUACAGAUAUCGACCAGGAACCAAGGCUCUGAGGGAGAUCCGGCAAUACCAAAGGACAACCGACCUGUUGCUACUGAAGCUCCCCUUUGCCCGGCUGGUUCGCGAGGUCGCAAUCAACUUCAGACCGAUUGGCGAGGAGUUCAGGUGGCAGUCGCAAGCGAUUCAGGCCCUGCAAGAGGCCGCCGAGGCCUUCCUCGUCCAUCUCUUCGAGGACGUCAACCUGUGCGCCAUCCACGCCAAGAGGGUCACCAUCAUGCAGAAGGACAUUCAGCUGGCGAGGCGGAUACGCGGGGCCUGGGGAGGCGCUGCCGUAUGA